GGUUCCAUUACGAAUCCAACAAUGAGGCAGACAAGCGGGAGUUCGAGAAAGCCGUGGAGACCAUCGCGGUGUCCUUCAGCAGCACCGUGUCCGAGUUCCUCAUGGGGGAGGUGGACAGCAGCACCAUCCUCUCCAUCCAGAACCAGACUAUGGAGAACCUCUAUGGGGGGAUCCCCGGGCCUGGAGGAGAUGGCCUGCCUUCGGGUAUGGAGAGCUAUGCCACGGGCCGUCCCCCUGCCGAGGAAGUGGACGUGCUGCUGCAGCGCUGCGAGGGGGGGGUGGACGCUGCCCUCCAGUACGCCAAGAACAUCUCCAAGUACAUGAAGGACCUCAUUGGAUACCUGGAGAAAAGGACCACGCUGGAGAUGGAGUUUGCCAAAGGGUUUCAGAAGAUGGCCAAUAGCUGCAAGCAAACCUUCAGCCAGGAGGCCAACAUGCCCUUCCUGUCCAUCUACCUGCUGACCCUGGAGCAGGACAUGGAGCACGGCACGUCGGUUCUGCAGGCUGCCAACACCCUUCAGCAACAAACCUUCCUCCAGCCGCUCUUAACGAGACGCCUGGAACACGAGAAGAGGAGGAAGGAGAUCAAGGAGCAGUGGCACCGGGCGCAGAGGAAGCUGCAAGAGGCAGAGGCGAACCUGCGCAAGGCCAAGCAGACCUACAUGCAGCGCAGCGAGGAGCAUGACAAGGCCAAGUACAUGGCAGUGAAAGCAGAAGAAGACCAGCAAAGCACCACCAGCAGCAUCACCACCAAAACCCUGGACAAGAAGAGGCGUCUGGAAGAGGAAGCCAAGAACAAGGCGGAAGAGGCCAUGGCCACGUAUCGGACCUGUGUUGCGGAUGCGAACACGCAGAAGCAGGAGCUGGAGGACACCAAGGUGAACUCCUUGCGCCAGAUCCAUGAAAUGAUCAAGCAGAGUGACCAGGUCAUCAAGCUGGCCACAAUCUCCUUCUACCAGAUCAUGCACAUGCAGACGGCGCCGCUGCCCGUCAACUUCCAGACGCUGUGCGAGAGCAGCAAGCUCUACGACCCGGGGCAGCAGUACGCCUCGCACGUCAGGCAGCUGCAGCGCGGCGACGAGCCCGACACCCAGUACGACUUCGAGCCCUACGUGUCACACAACGCCUGGUCCCCCUUCACUCGGACACGGAAAGGCAGCUUCAACGCUGAGUUCUCGUCAGGAGCCGGCUCUGACGGGGCCGGGAUCCCCAAGGACGGGGCUGUCUCGGAAGGGGGAGCAGGAGCCAAGGAGCAGCCCGGUGGGGCCACGGCUGCUGAGGGCAGAGGUGAGGGACACCAGGUCCAUAAAUCCUGGCCAACCUCCAUCACUGAAGCUGACAGCAGCCUGGAUUCAAGCACAGGGGAGUUCAGCCACAAGCUCCAGAGGUUGUCUUCCAACGGCACCGUGUCCUCCAGUGAAGAGCUGGAGGAGAAGGAUGAGAACACGGCCUCCUUUGAGCAGGGCAUCAAUGGGAUCACCCCAGAGAUGGCGGCUCCGACGGGGCCCUUCCGAAACGUUGGCUUAUCCAAGGCUGCCCAGACCCAUCGGCUGCGGAAGCUCCGUACCCCUUCCAAGUGUCGGGAGUGCAACAGCUACGUUUACUUCCAGGGAGCAGAAUGUGAGGAGUGCUACCUGGCCUGCCACAAGAAGUGUCUGGAAUCCUUGGCCAUCCAGUGCGGGCACAAGAAGCUCCAAGGGAAGCUGCAGCUCUUUGGGCAAGACUUCACAAAGGCUUCUCAGAGCAGCUCUGAUGGCAUCCCCUUCAUCAUCAAGAAGUGCAUCACCGAGAUUGAGAAGCGGGCACUGAAAACCAAGGGCAUCUACCGAGUUAACGGCGUCAAGACCCGUGUGGAGAAGCUCUGCCAGGCGUUUGAGAACGGGAAGGAGCUGGUGGAGCUGUCCCAGGCCUCCCCUCACGAUAUCAGCAACGUCUUGAAGCUCUACCUGAGGCAGCUCCCAGAGCCCAUUAUGCCCUUCCGCAUGUACAACGAGCUGAUGGGCCUGGCCAAGGAGAGCUUGCAGGGCGGCGAGGCCAAGGGCAGGAGCGGCAAAGGGGGCCCUGAGCUGGAGGACAAGGGAGCUGACACCGACAAGGUGGUGGUGAACCUGGUGCUGAAGCUGAAGGAGCUGCUGAAGGAGCUGCCCCGGGAGAACAUGGCCACGCUGCAGUACCUGCUGCAGCACCUGAGGAGGAUUGUGGAAGUGGAACAGGACAACAAGAUGACCUCAAGCAACUUGGGCAUCGUCUUUGGGCCAACGCUGAUAGCCACGGACGCCCCCAUUUCCUUGUCCUCGCUGGUCGAUUACCCGCACCAAUCGCGCAUCAUCGAGGAGCUCAUCAUCUUCUAUCCCACCAUCUUUGAGAACAAGGAGCCGGCGGCGCUGGGUGACUGCAGCAAACACGCUCCAGAAGGCACAGGGGAGGCAGGGACCUGCUCUGAGCUG